AUGGCCUUCGAGGAGGCGCAUGUUUCUGCCCGCUCAGGGCUUAAUAACCGAUCAGCAGCGUCUCUUGUAAGGUCAGACACUUACGAAGAGCCUGAGCUCGUGCUCAACCAACUGGCUACAUCUCAGCAGAGCAGAUGUUGCGUUGGGAGCGUCUUCAUCUUGGCGAAGGAAACGGAUGGGAGUUUCAGAGAAGUCCCCGGGUUGAGUGGUCAGCAUCUGUCCUUUAUCAGUGGUGGCUACGAUAAAGUCCUGGUUGCACUUAGCUCUCCAGCGGGAACUGGGGACUGUCAGUCACAUCAACAUAGUCAUGCCACUCAGUGGGUAAGUGGUAGCGGGAAGCAGUGUUUAGAGGAGCUGGAAACGACUGGCUCAGGGCCUUCAGCUCAUAUGGGUCGAUCCAAAGGGCAUUCCGGUGUGUGUACGAAGAAUGAAGUCGAUUUACGAAGCAGUGAUGCCGGACCUUGUCGUCAGAGUCCCGAAGUUCCCACUCAUCCCACAGGCCAGUCCAAAUGGCCACUUGAUCGGAUACGAGGCACUGAAGUGCACUACGCUGAGACACACAAUCGACGCCACUGGAUUUGUCACGCGUGUUCGUCGGUGCCAAAUAGAAUCAAUCGAUUCUAUCCAUCUCAGUGGCCACGGGUCUUUUGCCGACGGGACGGUGGGUCGAAGCGCCGAGGUGUCCUACGGGACAGCUGCUUCGAAGAUAUCUUCUCCAGUGGCACCGCAGACUCUCCUUUUGCCUCGGAAGAAAUCACGUGGGCCUGUCCAGGACCUAGUCAUUUCCUCAUCCUCACCUCAUCUGGACGGCUUUACUCGAGUGGAUACAGUGCCUUCGGCUGCGUGGGACGAGGAGGCGUGUCCGGUGGCAACAUCCCCCUUGCUGUGCCUACUCUUCAGGACUUCUGUGUAACUCAAGCCUGUGUCGGGAAAUCUUUCUCUCUUGCUCUCACGGCACAGGGAGAAGUAUAUUCCUGGGGAGGGGGAUUCCAAGGACAACUAGGCCGUGUUCCAGAGGAGGUUUCCCUCGUUCCUCGGUUUCUUCAGAGACUGAUGCAGAUUCCUAUAAAAACCCUUGCGUGUAACGAAAGUCAUGUGCUCGCUGUCACAAGGGAGGGUGGCCAGUGCUUUGGUUGGGGAAGUAAUGACUGUGGACAGCUGGGACUAGGGCGUCGCUGUCCUGCACAACCUAUUCCUCAACUUGUAGAGAUUAAGAAACAAAGGACAGCCUGUUUCUUUAAGGACCGACAGUCUCUGCCGAGUCAGACAACCGAUAUGCUUGGCAAUGUACUUUCCGUUGAACAGCGAGGAAAGGACCGAAUGGAGGAUGGUCCCUCGCGCGCUUUUUCCUACGGAGAAAAGGACUCUGUCGUCGUUUCGGAAGUGGCUGCAGGCUGGAGGCACUCUCUUGCGCUUACCGUAGAUGGUGAUGUCUACGCGUGGGGCUUAAACAUAUGUGGCCAGUUAGGCCUCGGACAUCGCAGGCGUACAGAUACUCCGACACUCGUGCCGGAGUACGAGCCACAGAUCAGGUGUAUGCGGUCUUCGCAGACUCUUUCCAGUCCUUCAUGUUUGCAUAGAGGGAGACCUUCCAAUUUACUGUCAUGUACUUGCAGACCCCUUUCCAGUCCGUCUCACCAAAACACGCACAGUGCACAGGCGAUCGGUUCACCGAACCCAAGCUCCUUCGGAGCUGUGAGCCCGUGCUGCGCACCAACUUGUUGCUUGUCUCCUUCACUAUGCCGUGCAUCAGAUGCAUUUGCAUGUCUGGGCUCAAACUGUAAGGGGCCACAUUCCAAACAUUUCCCCGGGUCCGACUGCGAACAAACAGCAACCGGCGGGUCCAGACCAGCAACAAGAAAUCUAGGUAUUACUUCCCUGAGAGAAAUAUGGCGUUUGGGGGACGGAACGGAGAGAGGAGGGAAGCAACAACUGAGACCCAGAGUACGACAAAUAUGUGUCGGCCGGCUGUUUUCUGGAUUCCUUCUAGACGAUGGCCGUGUUCUUGUCAGCGGGAGAUUUCCGAGCGGACGGGAAGAGGCCACGAGAGAAAACCUUUCACGCGGAAUAUUAUGCGUAACAGAAAAGUCCAAGAGAGAGGUUGAGGCAUGCUUGACACCAAGUGAGGAAUUAGCAUUGUCCGCCUCUUGGAUCGACUGA